AUCACACUCUAAUCUCUAAUCCUCAUAUCUGCGAAACUUUCUCUCAAUUAUUUACUGAGAAAAGGAAAAACACCCCAAGUGGGCUACUUUAAAACUCACCCCUCUCAGGUAUCGACCACUCGAAAUCAAGUCGUCAAACCGCAACAAUGCUUCUCUUCAUCCUCAUACUCGUACUACCCCUUUUGACAACCUCUCGAUAUCAUCGUUUUCAAUACAAACCACGAAAUAUCCAGUGCCAUUGUGUCCCGCAACAUCUUUGUACAGACGAGGACGUGACAAUCAACGGACAUGGAUUAUUGGAUCCCCGGAUCGGCAACAUGAUUUGCUCCAACCCGUCCGAAAUCUGCUGUGAUUCCCCCCCAAAACCGGAAAGCCCCGAAAUUCCCCGAUGCGGCUUUUCCGCCACUUUCAAAUCCCGAAUAACCUCAAACACGAUGGCGCAGUUCGGGGAAUUACCGUGGAAUUUAAUCAUUCAGGAGAGUUCUGGAGAAGACCGCAACAUUUACAAAUGCGGGGGGUCCCUAAUCCACCCCCGGGUGGCCCUCACAGCGGCCCAUUGUGUGGCCCCUUACUCGGAACAACCGGAGAAAAUCCUGGUCCGGGCCGGGGAAUGGAACAUCGACUCCCGGGACGAAAUUCUCCCUUUCCAGGACAAUUCCGUCGAAGAAAUCCUCAUCCAUUACGACUACAGUUCUCUCUCGUUGAAAAACGACAUCGCCAUUCUGAUCCUGGUCGAGGAUUUCGUCCUGAGGGACAACGUCAAGACCUUGUGUCUCCCUUCGCCAGAUGUCAAAGUGGUGGAAAAUGGGUGUUUGGCGAGCGGGUGGGGGAAAAACGCCCAUACGAAAGGUCGCUACUCCUCGACCUUGAAAAAGGUCCAAGUGCCCAUUGUUCCAAGGAGUCAUUGUUUGGAGGCUUUGAGGAGGACGCGGUUAGGGCCGAGGUACAACUUGCAUAAGAGUUUUAUUUGUGCGGGAGGGAAAAAAGGGCAGGAUUCGUGCAAGGGGGAUGGAGGGAGUCCCUUAAUUUGUCCCUUGCUGGACGAGAAGGGACGUUUUGUCCAAAUCGGGAUCGUGUCCUGGGGGAUUGGCUGUGGAGAUGAUGGAGUGCCGGGGGUUUACGUCAAUGUUCCUCUUUACUUGGAGUGGAUCGAAGGAGAGAUGGAGGAACGCGAUUUAGAUACGCGUUAUUUUAAACUUACUUAACUGUAUUUUGCACAAUAAAAUGAUUAAAACGAGUAUUAGUUUUGUUU